CCCCAUUCUUGUCGCUUAACAAACACAGCACAUGCCACACGUACCACCACGCUUUUAAAGCGUAUGUGUUGCGCAAAAUUAAAAGAGAAUCCAAUUUAUUUUUCUUCCAGAUAACGGCGUAAAUCUAGUUGUACUUAACGGUGCUCGGCUCCAGUGCGUGCUCGCGCGCGUGCUCUCUCUCUGCUUCUGACGUCAGAGAGAUUGUCUGAGAGCUUCGAGCCCUGCGCGCUCAAUCUUCAUACUGACCCUCCAUUGUGAGCACGCCAACGAUGCCAGCGCUCGCAGCAGCCGCCGCCGCCCAGUAGAGACCCCCAGUCCGAGGACCGAGCACCGUGACCCCGCUAAAGGGACAGAGAGAGCGCGCAAGAGACGGAGACAGUCUUGUGUUCCAGCCCAACGUUGGCUUUUGCGGGAUUUAAUGCUCUAGCUAGUCGCCGACAGGGAGAGAGAGUGUGUGUGUGAGAGAGAGAGGGACAGGGACAGCCUUAGAGAGGGAUAAGGAAGAAAUACCCGGGAAAAGGAUUGCUCGCUAUUUCUCACCCUGACCGUUUUGGAGAUAAAGAAGAGCCGACGUCCAUCUAGCCAUGGGAUGUACACUGAGCGCAGAGGAAAGAGCGGCUCUAGACAGGAGCAAAGCCAUCGAGAAAAACCUCAAAGAAGAUGGAAUGACUGCUGCUAAAGAUGUGAAAUUGCUUCUGCUAGGGGCUGGGGAAUCUGGCAAAAGUACCAUCGUGAAACAAAUGAAGAUUAUCCAUGAGGAUGGUUUCUCUGGUGAUGACGUGAAGCAGUACAAGCCAGUGGUCUACAGCAACACCAUCCAGUCUCUGGCUGCUAUCGUGCGUGCCAUGGACACACUGGGGCUGGAGUAUGGAGACAAGGAACGUAAAGCUGACGCUAAGAUGGUUUGCGAUGUUGUGAGCCGUAUGGAGGAUACCGAGCCCUACUCCCCAGAGCUGCUGUCCGCCAUGAUGCGUCUGUGGUCUGACUCUGGCAUCCAGGAGUGCUUCAGCCGUGCCCGCGAGUACCAGCUCAACGACUCCGCCCAAUAUUACUUAGACAGUUUAGAUCGUAUCGGUGCUCCAGAUUACCAGCCCACAGAGCAAGACAUUCUGCGAACUCGAGUGAAGACCACCGGGAUUGUAGAAACCCACUUCACCUUCAAGAACCUUCACUUCAGGCUGUUUGAUGUGGGAGGUCAGCGGUCGGAGAGGAAGAAAUGGAUCCACUGCUUUGAGGACGUGACCGCCAUUAUCUUCUGCGUGGCUUUGAGUGGAUACGACCAGGUGCUCCACGAAGACGAGACCACGAAUCGCAUGUAUGAAUCUUUGAAGCUGUUUGACAGUAUCUGCAACAACAAAUGGUUCACAAAAACCUCCAUCAUUCUCUUUCUCAACAAGAAGGACAUAUUUGAGGAGAAAAUUAAAAAAUCUCCCCUUAGUAUCUGCUUUCCAGAGUACACAGGUUCAGACAUGUUUAAAGAAGCGGUGGACUACAUUCAGUCCCAUUUUGAGAGUAAGAACAAGUCAAAUGACAAGGAGAUCUACUCGCACACCACCUGCGCUACAGACACCAACAACAUUCAGUUUGUCUUUGACGCUAUUACCGAUGUCAUCAUCGCCAACAACUUGCGCUUCUGUGGACUGUACUAAUUCGCAAGAUAUGUGACUACUGUCCAUGUACAGUUCUCAGAGGUGUUCUUUCUUUUAUUUAUAAGGCCGUGGAUGCUAAAUUUAAAACAAAGGUCUGGGCCUUGCUAUUGAUUUUGGUACGUUGUUACAAACGUAGGAAUGGGCUUGAAAUGACCUUCCUCAGCGAUAUGUUUGAGUGAUGUCAAAAGAUUUUGGUGCCAAACGGUCUCCACUACCUACUUUUUUCCUAACUGAUAUUGUAAUGUCAGAUCUGUCUUUAUAUCUUUAUUACACAGUAUUUAGAUGAAUAAAUAAAACCAAAUUUCAUGAGUUAUAUGGCAAUAUAUUGCAUUCCAAUAACUGUAUAUGGCCCCAUUAAUGUUCUGUGCACAUAUGAUUACAAACUAAUGCAUUGUGAGAUAUGAAUACCAAGAAUUUUCACAAGCUGGCUCAUAUUACAUGUGUUCUGAGUUGACAGCAAUCCUAGAGUGUUGAUGAAACACUAGGCUUGACAUUUACUUGGCAUUUGGAAGCGAGUGUAAAUGUCCAUUGCCCUGAGCCAAACCACAAAAAUGUUUGCCUCUUAGCAUCCUAAAAAACAACAGGACUCUUUAAAAUGGGUUUUGGACAUUUGAACCCAUACACACAGGAUACACCAAUAAUACACAAUCAUUUUCAAGUCAUUUUGGUUAAUUUUUGCAUCGUGUUAAAAAAAGUUGUUUUGCUAAUACUAAGAAGUGUAACAUUAUUACGGUAUAUGUACUGUACAUACUGUAUGGUAUGAUUGUAUUGUAUGGUCUGAAUCCCCUACCUGUGUUUUUUAAGCAGUAAUUUUAACUUUUGUGGUCUUAGAGAGACAUAAUAUUUCAACAAUUGAGUUAAAAUACACAUCACCAGCCCGCCGAACAUUUGUUUUAGCUUCUGUCUGUAUUUAUAUAGCUUGCUCCUAGUGACAAUAUAGCCGGUCAUAAGCACUUUGUUUUUCAUAUUUGUUAAAGGCAGUUACAACAAAAGCUGCUUAUUUUUUCAUUGCUUUAUAUAGUGGCCAGUGAAGAAUCGGUAGGAACAUUCUGUAAUAGACAGGAAGUUGAAUAAACGCUCAGACACUCGCAUUGUGCAUCUUACAGUACGUCCUUUGCUUUGACAGCUAGGCCUUUAUAUGUCUGUACUAUAAAGUAAAUAAUUCACAGUGCUACAUGUGCUGUGAAUGUUUGCCACAGGUUUGGAUGGGUGUAUAGCGUUUUUUAGUCUUAGUCGCUCUUUGUGAACAUUUUAGUAAACUGUCACCUUGUCAUCUUAGCUUCAGUCAGUUGCUACUGUAGCUACAUUAAAUCUGUGAUAAUUGUGAUUUAAUUUAAUGUUUUGCUUCAUACUGCCAAAGGACAUAACAGAAAAACCAAGAUGGUGACAUUCAUUUUAUGAGUAUGAUGUAAUGGUGUCCUGUUAAAACAUAGUGACUUGUGCCAGUUGAGUUGUUAUUUGUAUUGUCGAGGCCAGUUCAAUACCGAGUGCCAGUAAACUGAUUCAUUGGGUGGCUUAUGUACUCUGAGUAUUGUAAAUAGUUUUACAGGAGAGAGCAAGCGUGUGCUAUACGUUGCAAAGGACAUCAGGGGCAGCAAUAGUGUUUUAUGUACUGUAAAGUUUGGCUUUAAUCCCAAAUUGAUUGUUCAUAUUGAGAUUGUAGUUUUAAAGAACAAUUAGACGUGGCUGUGCAUGGGUAAUUGAGUCCGUCUGUUUCUGAGGGACAAAGGCCUGUUUGUUUGCUGGGUUGUUGCUGUACUGCAAAAAUCUCUUGGCACUCACAUCAGAUUGACUGACUGAUUUCUAAAGUAGUAUGAGCAUUACUAUUUGCUAUUGUAGUAUGAUUUACUUCAAAUAUACUUGAAUUUAUCUGUGUUUAAUUCAGUGUACAUCCUCAUAUAAAUAUGCAGCAUGCACACCCUACAAAAAAGCUUUGAAAAUGUUUGUUUUCCAGAUAUCUAAACAUCCGGAGUCAACAGAGAAUGCAUUGAUUUAAUUUGAUUUUCCCCUACAGAUGAAUACUAUUGUAAUUUAUUUUAAAUAGCGAUGUUUGUUCUUAAAAUAGUAGAAUUCUUGGCCAUGCGUAUUUUUGCUUCCUAAGUACAUUUUUCUCUUUUUUAUGAUAUUAUAACAUGCGAAUAAAAACAAGCACUAAUUCAAAAUAUAUUUUUUAUUGCAAUGCAGCAUCACUCAGAUAAAAGAAUUCAUUUUUAUUGCUGAGGUGUAAUCCCCUUGCCUUGGGGUUUCGUUUGUUUGUUUUUGUCAAACUGCUGUAAUUGUUGUUUCUGUGUAUCUCUCUUCAGUGAUUAUUUAUUGAACAAUGGAUGUCUAUUUAUGUGACAAAAUAAAGCGCUUAUGAAAUUCGG